AAGAACGGUACUUGCUCUUUAACGUCCGAUACACGAGUAGUGCGGAGGGAGGGUUUGAGAGAGGCGGGAUCUUCCGGGCGGAUUCUGGCGAGAAGAGGAAGGAGCUGCUGACAGGCAGGCAGAACCUGAUACUGAGGGAAAGAGUUUAGUUCAUAUGUUAACAACAAAAACGUUACAUAUGGCUCCGAGAAGUCUUAAUUUAUGGAGUGUGUGCUGUUUGCUUCUGUGUUUUGUUGCAGCAGUGUUCGCAGGACGCGAUUUCUACAAGAUUUUGGGGGUGCCCAAAACCGCGUCUAUUAAGGACAUCAAGAAAGCCUACAGAAAACUUGCUCUUCAGCUUCACCCAGAUAGGAAUCAAGGCGAUCCAGAGGCUCAAGACAGGUUUUCAGACCUAGGGGCAGCAUAUGAGGUGCUCUCCGAUGAGGAGAAAAGGAAACAAUAUGAUAAGUUUGGAGAGGAGGGAUUGAAAGAAGGCCAUUCCAGUUCCCAUGAUGAUAUCUUCUCUAGUUUCUUUGGCAACUUUGGGACAUUUUUUGGUGGAAGCCCCCAGAAUCAAGAUCGCAAUGUCCCUCGAGGGAGUGACAUUGUGCUAGACCUGGACGUCACACUUGAAGAGGUCUAUUCUGGAAAUUUUGUGGAGGUGGUGCGUAACAAGCCCGUUGCCAAAGAGGCCCCAGGGAAGAGAAAAUGCAACUGUAGGCAGGAAAUGAGAACAACGCAGCUGGGACCCGGGCGCUUCCAGAUGACUCAGGAAGUCGUCUGUGACGAGUGUCCCAAUGUCAAGCUGGUAAAUGAAGAGAGGACAUUAGAGGUGGAGAUUGAGCAGGGAGUAAGGGAUGACAUGGAGUAUCCCUUCAUUGGGGAGGGUGAACCACAUAUAGAUGGAGAGCCAGGAGAUUUACGUUUCCGUAUUAAAGUUUUGAAGCACCCAGUAUUUGAGCGCAGGGGAGAUGAUCUCUAUACUAAUGUCACCAUCUCCUUGGUGGAGGCGCUGGUGGGUUUUGAGAUGGAGAUCACUCACCUAGAUGGACACAAGGUUCACAUCGUGAGAGAUAAAAUCACCAAGCCUGGGGCCAAGCUGUGGAAAAAGGGGGAGGGGCUUCCAAACUUUGACAACGUCAACAUCCGAGGCUCACUCAUUGUCACCUUUGAUGUGGAAUUCCCAAAGGAUCAGCUGGAUGAACAGCAAAGAGAAGCAAUGAAAGAGUUGUUGAAGCAGGAACCAAUACAGAAGGUUUAUAAUGGACUACAAGGAUACUGAAACACUAAUGCACACGAGGACUUUCAUUCAUGUGGACAGGCACAGAGAAUCGUAUCGGGAUGAAUUCAUUUUGUCUGGAUAUCACUCAGGAUGUUUUUUUUUUAAUGUUCAUUUUGUCAGUAAUCCUUGUGUAUCCACCCCAACAACCUUUUUUAGGAAAUGCAAAGUGAUUGGAGGUAGCAUCUUUUCCUCCAGUUCUGAUAGAUAUUUAUUUUAGUUUUUCAGUUGUGUCCCCCCCGAUUUUUAUUUUUUUUAAUUUCAUUUUUAUCCUGUUCUAAAUUGAAGAUAAUGAUUAUCUGACAGGUUGAAGUCUUCCUAAACGGAACUCCUGCUACCACUUGACUAGCCCUUUGUCAGCAGGACAGCCAGUCACAGCUGAUGGGUUGCAAUGCUAAGAAGGAAUUGCUCCUCCAUUGCUCAGAAUUGUUGAGGCAGCACUUCCUUCGGAAUCUUGCCAGGAUGGAAAUGCUCGCUCUUAUUUUUCCCAACAAAGGUUUUCUUUUAUGAUUUUUCUUUUAGUUUGGGGAAAAAAAUUAUUCCAAGAUUAAAAAAAAUAAAUA